AUGGCGUCCCUAUCUGAGACUGGCAUGUCUCGAUCCUCGCCCGAGAUGACCACUUCCUUUCAGAGACCUGGCUCCUCCAGGUCAAGAACCCAGAGUAUAUCGAGCGACAGGCCCUCGACCGCAGGCAUGAGCGUCAUGUCGCCUCCCCUUUCCGCGUCGCCAGAGGCUGCCUUCAUCGCCGCCUCCGCGGCUUCUCAGAUCGUCACCAACGACCACGACAGCCACGCUGAUACGUGGUACGACCAGCAUGGCUUUCAACCCUCCGGAGAGACCGUGCUGGUCUCCCUCGCCGCCUUGCGCCUAGUGAAUGGCUUCCUCGACCACCUCCUCUUCAACUUCCUCUCCAGGUCUGGCUCCACAACCUUGGCAGCCCUCCGACCCGCCGUCACCGAAGUUCUCAAGCCGAAAUUGGCCAAGGAUGCCAUCAACAACGCAGAUGAAGAGUUGCGCGAGUACCUGGGCGGUGGCGACGACGACGAGUUCCUGCAAUCCCAACCCUCGCCCUCGCCCAGAGACUGGGACCUGGAGCUCGUCUGGAAACGGACCAGGUUGAGGUGCAUGGUAUAUUCGUCUCUGGGCGAUAUGGAAGAGGAGGAUGAAGACCACCAUAUGGAAGAAGGCCUGCUCAGUGACGACGACGAGAACCUCACUGGGGCCGUUUCCCCAGCAGUCGCCAUCUUCCUAACUUCGAUCCUCGAAUUCUUGGGCGAGCAAGCACUGAUCUCAGCUGGGCAGGCGGCCUGGCAUCGAAUGCGUGUCAAGUACGAGAAGGACCAGAACGAGGGCAUCAAAGGCCGCUCGGAUGUCGUUGAUAGGAUCGUCGUUGAAGAAGUCGACAUGGAAAGGGUAGCCUUGGACCGAACGCUUGGCAGAUUGUGGAGGGCCUGGAAGAAACGGAUACGGUACCCCAUGUACAGUCCCACCGACAUGUCGCAGCAGUCCUUGUCUCGAGAGAGGCUGCUUCACUUCCGACAGAGCAGUAUAUCUGCCGAAAGUACUGUGCCUCCCGCUGUUCAAGAGUCCGCGCCCGAGUCUCCAGUUGAUGAAGAUCCGGAGUCGUUGGCAGACAAGGCCGCCACAGAGCAGGAUGACGUGCAGGCUGCAGCAGUCCCGCUCCCUAUGAGUGAGAGAGACAUAGACGAAAUCGAGGUACCUGGGCUCGUCCACUACAGCGACGACGAAUCCGAGGAAGACGAGCCCGAGGAGCUGGACAUCGGUACGCGCCCAAAGAGCAUGAUGAUUCUUUCUCUCACAGCAAAGGCCGAGCUUCCAACACCUACAACAUCCGAACCACGCACUCCGACAAGAGCAACGAGAAAGCGCGCAAAUUCACUGCCAACACCGACAUCAUCUACCACUACCUCGCCUGAGCAGCGCAAAAAGGCUACGGCCGUGGUAAACGAUUCCACCUUGGCAUCAGAAACCUUGGGUCAGGUUAAGACGAGCGAACCACAACCCGAGCAAAUCGACGACGACAUCAACGAUGACACCUCCGUCCCAGAAGGACUCGAUAUUCACAAUGCACAAGCUGUCCUCGACAACCACACUGACGAUUCUGAGGUUACCCCGAUUGACGAAGAGAGCGCAGCGCAUCAGUCUACAGGACUCAUUCCCAAAAUUGUUGCUGGUGGUAUCGGAGCGGCCGCUGCCGGGGCUGGAGUAGUAGCCACACUUGCGGGUCUCAAGAACCCAGCAGCGCCGAAGGAUGAUGCAGACGAAUCGGACUUUGAGGUUGAGGAGGCCCAAAUCCUCACAUCGUCGAGAAUUUCGAUUGGAACCAACAUCUCGGGUCGGAGUAAUUCGCCUGCAAAUUCUGACAGAAGCAGUCGACCACCUCUGACUGUUCAAACUCUCCCAGUCAGGUCAGGAUCUCUGAGACUGGUGAAUGUUGCGAGUCCACGAACGCCCUCGGUCAGGUCCCAGAUGAGCUCGGCCCAGGAGCAAAGCAACAGCUCUUACUCGCGCUCUGGAGAUGUGUCGAGAGCCAGCAGCAUCCACACUCAGCCCAACUUGGAGGAGUCACGCGCCGCAGAAGAAAACCGUAGCGCUCAAGUUCCUAUCACGAGCUCAACAGGCAUGUCACGCUCCAGCGUUGGCCAGUCAAUAUCUGAGGCCGAGGAGAGUACGGUACCCGCUGCGCGCAAGCCUUCGCCAACCUUCGGGCCCGCUGCCGUAGUAGCCUCCAGGAAGGAGACAGCAACCGUCCCCAAGACAAUCAAACCGCAGUCUACUGUCAGCGAAGAGCACUCGGCACAGCAGAAGCAGGCUCACCCGCAUGGGACGCAGCCCCUCUUUGGUUCCAGUAGGCGUCAGACGCCGCAUGCUUCGCAUACACCCCCAUCCGCGAGCCCUGACCAGUCGCAGCAGCAGGAGCAGGCCUUCGAACAGCAAAAAUCAGCUGUCCUGAGCACACCUCCUGAUUCUGGUACAUUCUUCGAAGAUGAUGUGGCGGCACCCUUACCACCGAGGCACCCGAGGCGGUCUCCCAGAUCAUUUGGCCAGCAAGCCAACAGCCCGGCGAGCACCCCGAUUCCGGAGGAGAGCGUUAGUACCAACCAACAUCGUCACAAGCACUCGCAGGGUGGUGCAUACCAGCAGACCACCAUCGGUGUCGUCUCGGUGGACCGUCCUGAUUUGCAACGCGAGUAUGGAGAUGCGUCCCGUCCCUCACAAGACCAGAGCACCAUCCGGCAACUUCAUACCUCCGGGUCUUCGUCUACAUCUUCCCACAAGGUAAGAGCCGCGCGAGGCUCUCAGGACAGCACAGCCACUCGACCAGAGGACGUGGCGCGAAACUUCGAGGAGCUCAUUCACAGCAAUGAGACCAUCCAAUACACGUUGACCCCGGAAAACAUGCGUGAAAUAGAGGUACAGUGCCCGAAUAUCAUGGGGCUUUCCAGUAUACAUGCUAAUGCGCUGCAGGGUUCGCCGAGGACUAUCCAAUCCGGCGUGUCUGGCAAGGGCAGAAGGAGUGAGGACGCUCGCCAGACAAACAGGGACAGAGCUGCUUCGGCUGCUACGAACAAAUCAGGUGAGGUGAAGAGAUCGGGAUCGGUCACCCGCUUGUCGCCAUUGGCUUCGCACCCUAUCGAUCUGCCCGAGGGCGAGACAGCUGCCGGGUCUUCCGCAAGAGCUCCACCUGUCUCAAUGGCAAACAGAGCUCGAGGGGCUGCACCUCAAGCUAGAGAUGCCAGGGUACCUCGAGAGUCACUGAUCGAGUUCGCCGAGUUCAUACGCGCCACCGGUCCCUCUGGUGCUUCUGGUGCUGAUCCUGGCCCGACAUCACUCAAACGGAAUCAAAGCGUCAUGAACAACAGGACGACCCCUCGCCAAAAACCUAGCUCCAAUAUGAGCCUCGAUUAUGGACGUCCUUCAAUGGGCGGUAGUGUCAGUAGGGCUCGUCUGCAGGCUAGGGGCGCUACAGUCGACAACGACAGCGACAAUUCCGACCUGAUUGAUUUCAUCCGUCGUGGGCCACCCAGCUCUGGUGGCAAUCCGCGCAUCCCUCGGACCGUCGCACCUUUCCGAACGACCAUGGAUUCGGACUUGUUGAAGUCGGCUGUUGGGGGCAAGGCGACGGAUGCCAGUCUGCCUGAUAUGCACGACACGCGCUACAGCCAAGCCUCGACAAAUGUGACAGAGAUGUCCGCGCCGUCUGUUCAGUCGUCUAUCAAUUCUCAGAGUGCUCUUCUCGGAAGGAAGCAGCCGCCCGGACAAACCGGCAACACAUUCGAUGAACCAGAUAUGAUGCCGCAGCGCAAGCAACGCCGGGUGCGCGAUCCUUACGCUAUUGACCUCAGCGACGAGGAGGAAGAGGACGAUGAAUUCGAACCUCAGCCGAGGAGAAAAGCACAGCAGCCGAAAGAGGAGAGCUUGUUAGACUUCUUGAACAGUGCACCGCCUCCGCCCGAGACGACACCAGUUCCUUUCAAUCUUCCGCGGACACAAACUGUGCCUGCGCAGCCAACGCAGGCACCCAAGAAAAAGGCGAGUGCGCCCAGUCUCAUGUCAAGAUUCCGACAAAACAGCAGCGCCACAGCUGCUGCUGGAAACUCGAACGGGAUGAAGAGUCCCACGAAGUCGCAGAAAAUGUGGGAUUCGCGAUCCCAAAAGAGCAACGCGGCGCCAGCAAGCAAGGGCUACAUCCCUAUCCAAGUCAACAUUCCCACCGGCGGUGACCUGUUCCCGACCUACGGCUCAACUAGCGCAGCCCCAGCUGUGCCCAGCGUGCCGUCCAGCAUGUCCUCCUCCCGACCAAGUGGCCGAGUGCCAAUGAAGAGAUUCGAGCCCCGCGAUGCAGUCUCCGUGCCAUCGCGUGGCACGUCUGACCUGGCCGACUUCCUCCGAAGCUCUGGGCCGCCACCGUCGAUGAACCCCACUCCUUACACUGCUGAGCAACCCGAGAGUAACGGCGGAUCUAGAUUGUUUGGCCGUAGAAAGAAGUCAAUGGGUUUCGCCUAA